AUGGACAAGAAAGACGUUAGCGCGAAACCAGGCUCUGCUGCACAGAGUAACGGUUCAAGCAGUGUUGCUGGUUCUGGUCCAGGGAACAUGGUUGCACCAGGUUCUGGUGGUUCAGCUAAUAUCUCUAGAGAUGCAUUUGAGUCCAACACCAAGGCUUAUUUUGACAAUCUUCAUGCUAAGGAGAAGGCAAAUAAGUGA